GCAUGCUUCUCAGGGCGUUCCCCCUUUCCUUGCUUUAAAAGUUCUUCCCCCAACCCUUACACCUGACCGAUUUCCUCCAUCCGAACCCAUAAGCAGUUAGCUCGUCUGAUCUCUACCUGCAGACAUGCCUUCAGAGUUGGAGGGAGCGAUGGAGUCCCUGAUCAAGGUGUUCCACUGCUAUGCUGACAAAGAUGGUGAUAGCAACACUCUGAACAAGAAGGAGUUGAAACUGCUGAUGGAGACUGAACUGUCCUCCUUCUUAAAGUCCCAGAAGGACCCGGCUGCUGUGGAGAAGAUCAUGAAGGAUCUGGACCAGAACAGCGACGGCUUGGUGGACUUCCAGGAGUUUGUGUCUCUCGUGGUCGGCCUGUCUAUCGCCUGCGAACGCCUGUUCCAGAUCCACAUAAGUAAACUGGCUAAGAAGUGAUGGAGACAGAGAGACAUGAUGUGCUUCAUUUGGCUUCAUUCGGUAGUCAUUUUCUGUUAAGUAAAGACUGACAAUGUUAAGCUUUAAUAAACGUUGGCCCUGUU